CCUGUUCUUUUUUAUUUCCUCCUCUCCUCUUUUAUUUCCCCCAUCCUUUCUUUUCCUCCUCUCCUCCCCUCGCCCUCUCCUCUCCUCUCCUCUCCUCCUCUCCUCUCCUCCUCCCCUCCUCCAGUUUCUCAAUGAAUCUCUCAGGUCGGACCCUCCCACUCUGUGUAAGCUCUUAAUUGUCAGUCUUGACGGAAACUCUCGUAGCUUUAAAUACCGUGUGCGCCUCUUCCACCGAGGAUCUCACCAGCGUCUCUCAGUCUUCCUCUCUCUCUCUCUAUCUCUCUCUCUCUGUCUGUCUUCUCCUCCUUCCUCUCCUUCCUCCUCCUCGUGCACCUUUUUGGCUCUCCCUCCUCGCGGUCACCUCUCAGCAGCAUGCAGGUGUCUGUGGCGCUCCUCGUCUCCAGCUCGGCGCUCCUGCUGCUGCAGGGAUGCUGCACGGCCGUGAAGGGAUGGAAGGUACUGAAGAACGACGCCACGGAGAUUUUACCGGAGUACAGAGAGGAGACGCGGAGUCCGCAGGAGGCGAUCACGCAGGCGACCAACGGCAGCAACAACAUCAACACGAACAGUAUGAACAACAGGGCGAAGAGCGGCGGGAGGACGGCGAGCACGGUGUCAUACAGUGCGUCGGAGCUGAGCUGCAGGGAGCUGCGUUCCACACGUUACAUCACCGACGGAUCGUGCCGCAGCGCCAAACCCGUCAAGGAGCUGGUGUGCUCGGGCCAGUGCAUGCCCUCGCACCUCAUGCCCAACUCCAUCGCCCGCGGGAAGUGGUGGCGGAGCAACGGCUCGGAAUACCGCUGCAUCCCCGCUCACUCCCGGACGAGGAGGGUGCAGCUGCAGUGUCCCAACAACAACAGCACUCGGACUUACAAAAUCCGCGUGGUCACCUCCUGCAAGUGCAAGCGCUUCAGGCCCCACCACAACCAAUCGGAGGCCAAGGAGGUUCCGAAGAGGCAACGCACGAAGAAGAACAGUCGUUUGUCUCAAGACCGGAACAAGAACAACACGCCGUUGAUUGGCAACUCGUACUGAUGCUCCUCUCCUCACCAAAGCGCACUCACACACACAUGCACAUGCUACAUAACACACCGACCAACAUAUCUCCUUCGAGCAGGGAGGAGACGCAAUAAGAAAAUACAAAGAGCGAAUUCAUAAGCUAAUUGCUGGGCUGGUUUUACGUCAUCAGUCUUUUUUUUUUUGUUUUUGUUUUUUUUUUGUUUUUGUCGGCAUAUUUGUGAACUUUGCGUACUUGCAUGACAAAAAUGACGGUCAGGAGACGAGUGUCUGAUCAUCCCAGCAGCUCAAAACCUCCCUGAACUUGUGUCUCAAACAGAUUUCAUGUAAGCAUAAUGAGAAGUCCUCCCCGAGGCCUCGAGCCCAUCUGUACAAACAUCCAGCGGAUGCAACGCUGCAACGCACCGCAGCCCUGUUUAAAGCUGAAAAGGUGCGUCUUCGCUCCAAAGUGGUUGUAAUCCGUCUCCUUUCGGCCGUGUGUGGAGGAGACGGCGGCGGCUCUGGGGGCUCUGACGGCGGGAUGUCGACAGGUUUCUGAGAGGCCCUGGCUCGUACGGCGGUCCAGGCAUCGCUCUGACAGCCCGUUAAGAGGCUUCACUCGUCACGACAGCGCUCCAGGCCUGUCAGUUACAGUAGCGCCUUUCCCACGACAUAUACAGCGAAAGAGAAAUGGCGGGUGAAAGCAGUUUUGUGAGGACCAACACCACUCGGGCACUGAGGAGUCCUGUGACCCCUCUUUAAUUACCAGAUGAGUCCAUUCCCAGUCAUAAAAGCAUUUCCUCUAGACAGAGUCGGUUCCUGUUUGCUGGAAUCGCACACAAGAAAAGUGCACAUGUGUGUAGGAGGCAUCAGAAAAUGUGUGCGUGGUUGUCUUGUUACCUAGGGGCAGAGCGCUCUCCAGCUCGCCCACACCGGAAUUCUUUUGUACCGGGCCAAAUAGAGCAGCGAUCGACCAUCCGCAGCCAAAAAAAACAAUCCAUCGUGCAGGAUUUCAAGACACCUCCAGUCCCCUUCACUCUCUGCUCACAUUCUGUAAAUAGCUCCAGCAGGAAAGAUGGGAAUAAAAAUAACACAGUCAAAACAAUAAUCCAAAAGUUUUUAACCUGAUAGAAUCGGGGGCAGGAAGAGGAAGUGGUGAUGCCCAGUUUGUCCGUCGGUCGACCUCCUUCCUCGGACGGGACUUGAAACCUCCACGAAGAAGGGAAAAAAAAAAAAAAAAAAAAAA